UCCUCAACACACCAACCAGCAACCAGCAACCGCUCCUUGUUACAUCCAUAUCAUAUCAUCUCAGCUCAGCUAAUCCGCAGCAUCGCUUCAUACCUACCUAGCUAGCUAGAGCACUCCAUUCCAUUCCAUCAUGUCCACUGAACCCAGCAACAAGAAACAGAAGACUUCCCCUAGCGGACCUUCUCGUGUGGGCCGUCCGCCUUCCACCCCGACCAUCGAGUCCUUGAUGGAGCAGGAGGAUCUUUGGGUGGACAAUAUCCUCCCCUGUUUCGGCAUCGGACAGUAUGCUUUCUUGGGAGCUGUCAACAAGAAACUCAAUCAACUCUACAAGGACUUCUGCAAGACAGUGAAGAAGCCACGGAGAGUAUUUACCACGGAACGCCAAAUUACAACCCGUGCAGCAACCGCCACAGAUACUCUGUACAGUGCAGCCUUCUGCAAUGAGUCUUGUGCGGAAUACUGGUUCGCUGACAGCUCAGAGGGGAAAACACCGCGGCCUUCUGCUGUCUGCCAAGCAAUUGCUGGAGUUGGAAGUCUUCCAGUCCUGACAUGGGCCCACAACACCAAAGGAUUUCCAAUGAGUAUGGGGACAUGUAAAAAUGCUGCAAGCGCUGGCCAUUUGGAGAUCCUGAAAUGGGCAAGAGAGAAUGGGUGUCCAUGGGAUUGGAGAACAUGCAGGCGAGCUGCCGGAUAUGGUCACCUAGAAGUUUUGAAAUGGGCUCGUGAAAAUGGGUGUCCAUGGGAUGAUUACACAUGCAGUCAAGCUGCAAAAACUGGCCAUUUGGAGAUCCUGAAAUGGGCUCGUGAGAAUGGAUGCCCUUGGAAUGAGAGAACAUGCUAUAAUGCUGCUAAUGGUGGUCACCUAGAAGUUUUGAAAUGGGCUCGUGAGAAUGGUGCCAUGGGAGAUAGCGAUACAUGCAGUGAAGCUGCAGAAAUGGCCAUUUGGAGAUCCUGA